AUGACCACGCCGGCGUCCCACGGUCCAUCCGGCGGCGGGUUAACCCCCCCGCCCGCCUUCGACGACGGCGAUACGUUCGACGACCUCGGCGUCGACGGCGACGCGUACCUCGCGUCGCUGCUGGACAAGGCUGGCGGGGAUCUCGCGGCCGAAUCGCAAGCCGCGCUGGACGACCCGGACGCCCUCGCGGCGCUCGUGGCGAAGCGCGAGGCCGAGGAAUCGACCGCCGUUGAGGUCGAUAGCCUGAAGGCGUCCAUCGCGGAGAAAGCGCGGCGGGUUUUGGACCACCCGUCGUCGCCCGCGAGGGUGCACAACAAGACCGGAGUGCUCGGCCGUGAGCUCAUGGACGGUCUCGCCGACGACGCGCGCGCGCUCGAGGUUCCCACCACGUCCCCGAUGUCCGAAGCUCGCAAAGCCGCGGAGCGCGAGAGGCUCGCCGCCGCGCUCGCCCGGCGCAGGGACGCGAGCGCCAAGUACGGCAGGGUCGACCCCGCCGACAAGCGCCGAUGGCCGUCGAAACGCGAGAACGAGCGCAGGCUUCGAGAGCUCGAGGACGCGCGCAAAUCGUACGAGCGCCGCUACCCGCCCGCGAAGAUCGACGCGGGCGGCGGCCUGCGACUCCCCGCGCGCGUCGACGCCCAACCGCAGACGCCAAAGGCCAAGGAGAAUCGCGCCCCGUCCGCCACGGCCGUGCGCAAACCGCGCCCGUGGCGUCACAACGCGCUCGCUUCCUACGACAAAAACGACCAAAUAUCCGUAUCCUUCGACGACACCCGCCGGUUGAAGACGCUCGCGACGAACCGCCGGGCGUACGGCACCAAGCCGACGCGUAAGAACGACGCGGGGCACAAGGACGGGUGGAGGGUGGACCGCGAAAAGUACCCCUCGUUUAAGAAUUGGCUCUCCGAGCGCAAAACCGACCUCGUCGACGAGAGACGGCGAAACGAGGAACUCGCGGCGAAGAUGCGCGAGCGCGCCGAACGGGAGAAGGAGAUCCGCGCGCGGGUCCGCGGGCAAAAGGCAAAGGCGGGCGGCGACGGUUCGGAUCCAGCUCCUUCCGCGGCGGUUGACGUCCCGGCGACGUCGGGCGACAACCCGGCGCUGGCGAACUUUCUCGCCAUGUGCGACGAAUUCGCCAAAGGCGAGGACGGCCUCGAGGAGUUCGUGUCGGACCCGGCGUGGAGGGCCGCGGCGACCAAGGCCAUCGAGGCUAAAGCCGUGGAGGCGGCGAAGGCUGCGGCGAAGGCUGCGGUCGCCGCCAAGGAGCGCAUGAUCGAGGACAGGCUCUUGACGCAGAAGAUCGUCGCCGAGGAGGAGAGAGCGGACGAGGAGGCGCUCCGCGUCCGGGACCCCGCCGUCUGGUCCCCGCCGUCGGUGCCCGAGCCCCGCGGCCCCGUCGAGACGGUCAUGGACGGCGACGUCGUCCUGAAAAAGACCGACGUCGAAGCCGACGUCCAUGGCGACGACGACGACGAUGAGGACGAAAAGAAUGCGGAGGAAAUCGAGGCGGAGGAGGAGGAGGAGGAAGCCCCUCCCGACCCGGCGAUCGUCUCCAAGGAGCAGCUCAUCGCGAACGCGCUCGCGGCCAUGUCCGCGGACGAGCGCACCGCCGCCCGCGCCGCCGCGUGCAAGGGAUGGACCGCGGAUUUCUCCGGAACAUUCUUCAAGGGGACCGGAACCGUCUCGAAAAAAGGCCCGGCGCACCCGAGCAAGACGCCGACGUGGUGCGAGAAACCGCGGCCUCAAACGACUUCGCACGCCGCGAACGACGGUGAAGACGUCAAACUCGACGUUAAAGACCUCGCGGUUGAGUUCAUCGGACCGAACGCGGCGGACCUGGCGUACGCCGCGCUGCACCCAAACUCUGAGGCGCCGGCUGCGUCGAAGCCGACUGAUGAGCCGAAGCGAAGAUGGUCCGUCGUCACCACCGCGGAUGAGGCGGUGGCGCGGGGACUGGUCGCGCCGCCCGGUGAACCGGGAUUCGACAUGGCCAAGGUGAAGGAGGUGCUCGAGUGCGAGUUCAUGGGCCCCGCGGGCGAUUACAUGGCCCUGCAGGCGGUCUUUCCCGGCGCGAAGGACCCGACGGCGCCGGCGCCGCGCGACAAGUACAUGAAAAAAAAGAAAGUCGUCGAGGGCAAGGCUCUGAAGAUGCACGCGGAGCGGAUCAAGGAGGGCGAGUUCGCGCUGCAGACGGGCGUGCCGCAGCUCGCGGUCGAGUUCAUCGGCACCAACGCGCGGGAGCUCACUGCGGAGGCCAUCGCGGGGUACCUCAAUCCGCCUCAAUCCGCGACUGAGAAUGUAGUCGGGAAUUUCCCGGCUGCGUUCGGAGGCGACCCGGACGAACCGACCGCCAACGAGACCAUGGAGACGAUGGACGAGGAAGAAUACGCCCAGUUCAUCGCCGCGGAUCCCGUGCAGGGCGCCGUUGAUCUCCCCGCCCCGCGCCCGCCCUUACUCCUCGCCGAUUUACUCGCCGCGGAAGCCGCCCGGAAGGAAGCGGGCCAAGCCGACGAGUACGACGACGACGAGGUUCAGGACGACUUUGAGGAGUUUGCCGCCGAGGCGGAGGAGAUCAAGACGUCGCGUCGCAACUCCGAGAACGUGGGUGGUGGUUCGAUGACGUCGCCCGCGGAUCCGCCCGGUGCGUCACCGCCCGGCGAGUCACCCCCCGCCGGUGACUCUUCGGUCGCCGGUGCCGAUCCGGAUGAUCCGAUCGUCACCGACGACGCCGUCGAGGAGGCGCUGGCGAAGUACUCGAUCAGCAUGGACUCGAGUAAGUACUCGCCGAUCAAGGAGAACGACGGGACGCUCGACGCCGUGCGGCGAUUGGUCAACGAGGGAUCCGCCGACGCCCUCGAGCCAAUGACGCAUGGACAGAUGGACACGGGCGGUUUAAAAGCCGCGGCGGAUGCGAUGGCUCGCGGCGACGUCGUGCCGCCCGAGGCGAUCAGCGACGCGGCGCGCGCGAUGGGCGUCCCGGGCUUCGGCGCGGAUUGGCGGGAGACUGGGCGCGCGGCGGAGACGGCGGCGGCGGGCGCGGGCGGCGGAGACGCGAACCCGUGGUCGGGGGACGGCGAUGGCGGCGGCGGCGAGGCGCCGAGCGCGGAGGAGGUGCUGCGGGAGGGCGAGGCUGUCGCGUCGAAGGUUGACGCGGCGGUGUCGGGCGGGGACGUCCCGGGCAGGGACGACGCGAGGGCUCUGCUCGACGGCGUGAAGGAUCGCGUCGGCGUCGCUUUCAACAAACGCGUGAGCGACUGGGAGAUACGCGACCGGCGCACGCACCGGUUGACCGCGCCCGCUCGUCCCCGUCUCGGAACCGAGCUCGCGAUGCGUGCGAUGUCGUUCGCCUCCCCGACGGCGUUCGCGGCGCGUCGCGGCGCCGGCGACGUCCGACCGCGCAAGAUCGCGGGUGCCGUCGUGCGCGUGCCACGUGUGCGUUCUGCUGCGCGGCCUCCCCUUCGUGCCGUUCGCGGCGCCAGACUCCGCCCCGUCGCCGCGAGCGACGACUCCGAAUCCAAACCCUCCUCCGCGGACACCCUCAGCGCGCUCGACGCCCUCCUCGGAGCGGACCCAUCCGACGACUCCGACGCGAACGACGACGAAGACGACGACGAGGCUCCGAUCAUCUCCAUCCCGCUCCUCUGGAUGCAGAUGCCGGGUCAGACCCCCGCGCAGCAGCGUCAGACGGGCGGGUCCAGCGUCGCCUCCGCGCUCACGAACGACGCCGCCCCGGGCCCCGGCAACGUCUACGCCGCCAUCACCCUCGGCCUGCCCGACCGCGCCACGAAGAGCCAGCAGGAGCGCGGGGUCAAAGGCGUCGAGCUCGACUUCUGCGUCGACACCGCGUGCACCACGAAUUUCAUCCUGCCCCAGGUGGCGUACGGGCUGGACAUGCAGAUCGUCGGCACCGCGCCCGCGGGAACCGGCGCGACGGGCGCCAUCGGCGGCGGCCAGGAGAUGCUCCUGGGCACCGCCAAGCUCGGUGGUAAGGCGGCCAAGGAAGACGUCGCCGCGAUAACCGGCCUCUCCGCCGCGGUGGUGCCGGUGCCGGCGCCGGGAACGGCGGGGAUCCUCGGACGCUCGUUCCUUAACUGCUUCGACGCCGUGGCGUUCGACUGGGGCCCUUCCGCGGCGGGCGCGAGCGGCGACGACGGGGGGAUUCGAACCCUCGACCGUGUCGGCGCGGUGAUGGACUUUUACCAGGAGUACGACUGGGACGCGGGCGCGGAGGACGGGCUCGUCACCGCCGAUCUGGACGAGCUCCCGUGCGGUUUGCUCGCCGUGAACGUCACGCUGAACGGCGUGGCGAUGCCCGCGCUGUUGGACACGGGGGCGCCGCAGACCAUCGUCAACAGGGCCGCGGCGGCUGCCGCCGGCAUCGCCGUCGGAUCGAACGCGGGUACCGACGGGGUUGGCACCGAAAAGAAAGGUAAGUCGUCGAACCCCUUCGGCGGGUUGAUGGACGCCCUCGGGAAAGGUAAGGAAGCGGCGCUGGCUGACAAGGGCGUGAUGGUGAUGGGCGCGGGGGGUAAACCCGAGCGGUUGGACCGCGUCGACGGUGCCGGCGUCGACCUUCGGGUGGUGACCGACGAGGGUGUCGGUACACAGCUGUCGGUUCGAUCGAUCCUCGUCGGUGAACUCGCCGCGUUCCAGGCUGGGCUGGGGUUGCCGCCGCCGGUCGACGGGGACGAUUCGACGGGUGGGCGACCGGGGGUGAUCUUGGGGCUGGACGCGUUGAUGUCGAGGGACGAGGUGGUGAUCAGCACGAGGCCGGCGCCGCACGGGAGACCGAGGAUGCAGCUGUGAGAAAAAGUGUCAGCCUCCGCUGGAGCCUCAAACCUAAUAAAAAAAGUUUUAGCCGCGUCGUCGCU